AUGUCUACCAUCGCCUCGCCUCGACCUUCGAUAGCUUCCUCCUCGCGGCGUAAUUCGGGAUCGACAGACACCACGAUCACCUCGACGACUGCGCGCGCCAAUCCAUCUGCAGCAGAAAGAGCUGCCCUACGACGAAACAGAUCCGCACUUCGCGACUACUACAACAUCAAGAAGGAUAACGAAGCACCUUCCCAAGAUGGUCUUACCGUUCCCACCUUCGAUGGCGAGCAAGAGAGCGAGCUCGACAAGCCAGGCUUCGAUCCAGAAGCGUAUGUCGAGCGACUACUGAGCCAUGAGUCUCUCGAGGCGGUCCUACGAGUUGAAGCCGGUCUAGUGAGCGACAUCUUCUCCCUGGACGGCGAAAAGAAGGCUCUGGUCUACGACAACUACUCCAAGUUGAUCGCGGCGACGGACACGAUCCGCAACAUGCGAGAAAGGAUGGAUCCUAUGACACCAACGACGAGCACGCUGAGUCCCGCGAUCGGACACAUUGCCGAGACCGCGGCCCGACUUUCUGCGGAUCUGAGUAAAUCCAACCUCCGCACCGAUCCUUCCGCCUCCGUCGCCCUGGCCACGAAGCGCAAGCAGCAGGAAAGCGUGCGUUGGGUUCUCGGAGCUCCAGAUCGGAUCCGCGAGCUGGUGGAGGACGAUCAGCGCGAUGCUGCUGAGGCGGAGUGGCAGGAAAUAUCGGAGAUCUUGUCGAAGUGGGAGGGCGUGAAGGGCACGGAGGAAGUCCGUCAGGCAUGCCUGGAGGCACUGAAAAAGGAGGAUUCAGGCUGA